CCCCAAUUCCGCAACCACAACACUCACACCCCUUUCCUCCAGAUAUGCUACCUUCUCUUUCUUCUACGCUACGUUCUCUGAAUAUACACCGAUAAAAAUACUGCACAUCGAUUGCGACUUAACCCAUCCAGGGACCAUUCCUUCGUCUACCAGAUCGCGACGGGGACUCACCUACACAGCCCCGCGAUCGCAUUGGGCUGACGCCUACUUCCCGACAUCCGCGCAAACCGUAAAGCUUACUCAAUUGCCAUUCCAUCUCGCAUACAUACUCUUCAAGUCAAAGGUAGCCCGAGCUGUCUGGGCAUAAAAAAUGGCUUCGGUUACGAGUUUAGACAAGGACCUGCGCAAUAUGCGCCUGUCCAAAUACACCCCGCAAGCUGCAAAUGAAGUGCGAGAUUGGAUCGAAGAAACCCUCCACCAGAAUCUAUCACCCGGGGAUCUACUCGAUGCACUGAGAGAUGGUGUUGCGCUGUGCAGACUAAUUAACCUCGCUGUUUCCCCCGGGGUCAAAUAUAAAGAAUCUUCGAUGCCUUUCGUACAAAUGGAGAAUAUAUCGCACUUCCUCCGUGCUUGUCAAACUGCACCGUUGAGCUUACCUCCACAUGAUGUCUUUCUGACCGUUGAUCUCUACGAGCGCAAGGAUCCGGCCCAAGUCCUACAGUGCUUAGGUGCCUUUAGUCGGCGCGCCAAUGCUCUUCAACCAAGCAAAUUUCCUCGCUCAAUAGGGGGUGUCAAGAGCAGAGGUGGCGUUUUGAGCCCACAAGGCACUGGUUCUAAUUUUGGGGCAGGCGCAAGACCUCGCGGUGCUAGCAAUGUGAGCCAGAGUAGUUCUACUACGUUUAACCCAAUUGCUAGAAAUACGACCCCAGGCCGAGUCAGUCCCACCAAAACCGGACCAUCUCCUGGCUCUCCUCCGCCGGCCGUUAGCAGUUGGAGCAAGAAGACCGAUGAAGGAACCACAGCUCCAGCCUGGAACAUCCAUCAAUACGGGUAUAUGGGCGGAGCAAGUCAGGGUAACCAGGGGGUCGCUUUUGGUGCCAGGCGGCAAAUCACGAGUUCAGGCCCUACUGUUCCAAGUCUCGCGGAGAAGGAAAAACGACGACGCGAAGCAGAGAUGGAGGCAGAACGACAGCAACAGGAAGAAGAGCUGCGACGGCAACAUGAAGAACAGCGCGCUAAAGAAGAGGAAGAACGUCGUUGGGCAGAAGAAACUGCACGUUUGAGAGAGAAAGAACGCCAGGAGAUAGAAGAUGAAAAGAUAAGAUGGGCUGAGGAACAGAGAAAGUGGGAGGAAGACGAGCAGCGUCGUCUCCAAGAAGAGAAAGCCACUGAGGAGCGAUUGGAAAUGGAACGACAACGUAAACGGGGCAACAGUGAUACCCGCCUGAAUGGUCAAUUCCUCAGUCAAUAUCAAGCAAUGCAAAAGAGUCCUCAACCGGAAGAGCAAUCGGCAGAAUCGCAGCGUAUCAAGGAACUUGAGAAGCAGCUUGAAUUGGCCAAACAACGUGAGCUUCAUUAUGAGCAAGAACGAGAAGAUCUCCGAGCGAAAGCGGCGGCUGAGAAAGCUCGUUCACGAAGUCGAAGCCGACCUCGUCUUGUUCAACCUAGCUACGAUCUGACUUCUCAAGAGGAAGAACGCAAGCUCCUUCGAUCGGAGUGGAGCAAACAGCCGAGCAACACUGCCAAAGUACCCGAACAAGACGAAACUCCUCCACGAUUGCCCUCCCGUCCACUACCUGAACCAAAUGCACCGGCCCUUCCGGCUCGACCGCUUCCUGAUCCUUCAUCAUACAGCAGUAAAGAGAACCGGGCAGAUCGGUUCCUUGCAUCCAACCCAGCUCCUGUGCAAUCCAGACCAGUUACCCACCGACCACAAGACUACUCUACAACUGCCGAAGUGGACGCUGAAAACAAUCGCCGCGCGGCAGCACAAGAAAAGACCCGCGCUGGCGGGUGGGCUUCUAAGUCCCUUCUCGAACGGGAGAUGGAGCGCGAGCGUGAACGCCAACGAGAAUGGGAAGAUAAACAAAAAGAGACCGCCGAUGCCGCUAAGCGCGGCGUAGGGGUUGGCAUCAACACGCAGCCAGGCCAAGGCGCAUGGGACGUGCAUCAGUAUGGUUAUCUUGGAGGUGACAGCCAGAACCGAGGUGGGCCCGGUUUGGGUGUGGGAGGAGCUCGACGACAGAUCAUCGGGCCCCGACCUCCGCCAUAGAUAGGGUGAUUGAUUGUUUUCUCAUUUAUUUAACCUCAGGUUUAUGCAAUUCCUUUAUGAAUAUCCUUCACAUAUGCCCUUUUAGAUAGCUUCAAGACAUUGUAUGAGCAAAUAUGCUGGCAGUAUAUUUCUUGUGA